UUAUGUUUAUGUACAUUUGCUUUAGAUUUGUUAAUAUUUCUAGCAGAAUAUUCACCCCAAUAAUGGUUGACGUUUUCAUCCCGGGUGCUUAUUGCUCCAAAACAUUCUGGCCACCAAGUGACAAGCCACCGACGUCGCCCAUAAGGUUGGUACGAGAUGGUGAACAAGAGAUACAGCAACCAUUCACGACCGCUCAUCUGGAACAACCCCACACCAUACGUUAUAUUAACGGACAUCUGGGUGCUUCCCCUGUAUCGAGAGCCAAUGUGACAUCAUCAAUGGAUCUAUUGUUAAAAGUUCUCCAACCGGCGAUCAAUAGUGAUGUCAUGGAGAUGUUUCAUAAAUAUAUUGAGGUAUUCCGAGAAGGAGCAGAAAAUGCGGCCGAAAACAUGAAUCUCGAACCUUUCAAGUCGGUCAACCGUGUUGUGGAUGUUGAUGCCCUGGUUUCAAGGGCAUGCAUGAACGCACUCGAAAAUGCAAAGAAAAUUUUCCGCAACAAGAAUUCGAAACAAACCAAACCUACCAUGGAUAACUGGCCCCCUAACCUCCCCCCCACCAUACCCAGUCAUGUGUUGCCGGGGAAACGACGGGUGGCUUCACCUGAUUGGACCAAGCGUUUAAAAGUGGGAAGUAGUGAAGCUUCACAGAGACGCUCCCUAAGCCCGAUCCCUAAGAAACGUCCUCGUACCAACACCCCGACGGCGCCCAUGAGGAGUUACGGGAGUCCACAUAGAAAUACCAAGGAAGCAAUCAAGCGUAAAGUUGAAAAUUGGGAUCCAUCAAGAUUAAAUAUCAACGCAAAGUUUGUGAUGGGAACCAAAGCUAACAGGGCUCUCGGACUUGGAGCCACUAGAGGCAGAAUUUACAUGAAGCAUCCCGACUUAUUUAAGUACGUUGGCGACCACGAAGACAAGAAAUGGAUGGUGAAGAAUAAUUGCAUGGCGGCCACUGGGGGGAAGAACACGUUUAUAUUACUUGCUGAUGAUGUCAUGAAUCUGUAUGAUACCGAGUAUAAGGACAGCCCCGGAACGAUGCCCGAGGAAUUACAAUUCUUCCGACUUCCUGAGUUUGUUUUACAGAAGAUGAGGUCGGCCAUGAUGCGCGAGAAGAAGUUAAGAACGGGGGUUAAAGAUGUUGGUUCCCCGGUGACUGAGACACCCCAAGUGGCGAGUCCCCAUAGAAAUGUAAGGCACGCAGCUCAGAUGGCGGCAGCUGCGAUAAGUGCGGCAUUGUCACCACCGGGUGUCAGCACAACAAUCACCACCCAAUGUUCGACACGAACCAAAAUAUCGGACACGGAUUCCGAGGACUCGUACGAAGAUACUGGAUCAAUGAAUUUGUAAAGGAGAUAUCUUUGUUGCUACGGCUGAUAUUGUGGUGUCCAUGGGCAAGGCACUUAACGACAAUCGCUCCAACCCAAUGGUCACUUAUGGGUUGUUGAAGUUGUCCCGCCACGUGAGGAUAAUAUUCAUGUGUGCUGCCUUUCAAUACAUCACGAUUUCACACUUUUGCAUGUUGUGUUUUGAAUACAAAGUUUCAGUGUGAAAGUUUUUCUGCAUUAUUUGCAUGUUUGGAACACCGUCUGUUUAUAAACAACAUUUAUAUAGGACUCUAAAUUCCAAUGUUUAAUGACCAAGACACUUAAUUUGGGCAACCCAGUGGUCACUAAUAGGUUGUCUAAAUUAUCAGCCAUACAGAAAACAAUCACCCACAAAGUUACAUACAUGGUAACUUGUAAGCUGGCACAAGGUGUGUAUGAAACAGAACACCCGUGUUAUAAUGUCUUUCAUUGCCCCGCCAUGCGAGGAUAAAAAAGUUACAUUCAUCCAUGUGUGUUUAUUUAUUUUAUUUGCCUUACAAUAUAUCAUAAUUUAAAACUUUUUAUAAUUUGUUUUAAAUAAGUUUCAUUGUAACUAUAUUUCGCAUUAUUUUCAUGUUGUGAUUUCAUGUAAAAAGUUCCUAGAGUUUUUAUUACAAUGAUUACAGUUUGUAAACAAUGUUGAUACAAAUUCCGGGUUUGAAAAUAUUUUAAUGUUUUUCCACUAACUCUGGUGUAAACAAUAUUUUUGAAGUUUGUAUGUUAACAACAUGUAUAAUGUUUAUAUACUGUUUCAACGUUGAACACAUUUCAAUAUUCAAUGUGUCUUAACUUUUAUGUGUCGAGAUCUACUGUUUGAAUUGAUUUUAUUUUCCGAUGUGUUUUGUAUUUUCGAUCAAGGUUUUUGUAAAUACAUGAAAUAAAAACAA